AUGUGCUCUGGAGCUGCACACGUACAUAUUGAUUCUCUUCAAGCACUCGGGUACGACACCAGAAAGUCUGCCCGACGUGCUUUUUUUGAAAGAGCACGGGUGUUGUAUGAUUUCGAUUGCGAACCAGACCGGGUGAGCCUGGUGCAAGCCUUCUUGCUGAUGACCUACUGGUACGAUGCUAGCAUCAGAGGACGACACAAAGACCGAAAAUUCUGGAUACGAGAGAGCGUAACGCUAGCUCAAGAUCUAGGAUUGGACCUGGAACUCGAGAAUUGCACUAGCAAGCGCCAACGUUUGCUCAAGAGAAUAUGGUGGUGCUGCUUCAUGCGUGAUCAAUUUGUGGCUCUCAUGACUUGGACGCCUCCUCAGUUUCGCGCUGGGUAUCGCAGCAUGCCCAUGCUUGGCCUCGAAGACUUCGAAAUCAAGGGGUACUCCGAGAUUGUCUCUCGUGACUUCAGUGGAUGGGCCUUUAUCGAUAGCGACAGAAUAAGAAUUGAAUUGGCGAUGCUCUGCAUCGAGAAGGCGAGACUGUGUCUGUGUAUUGACCGGAUUCUACAAGUGCGAUACACCAGCCUCCGCCAUGAAUCAGCAACUCAAACUCUCACAAUUCUCGUCCCUAAACGCAAUAAUAGCGAGAUCUUCGAGGUCAUCGAGCAUGACCACCAGCUUCAGGGAUGGUACCAAGGGCUCUCUGAUUCUGGCAACUUCGAUCUGCGAGAUCCAGUGUCUUUUCAACGGGACGAAGCGUCGAACAUGAUUACGACUCAUCGAGCACACCUGAAGCUUCUCUUCCUUUCCGCGUUGAUCGCUCUCCAUCGGCCUCAGGUGUUGGAUGGUUCAGGAGUAGUACCUAGCCCUUAUCAACAAUUAUCGAGAGCGAAGUUACGUGAAGCUGCAGAUGAAGUCGGGCAUUUGGCAAUGUGCAUGACAAAGCUUCAGAUGGGGACACACAUCAGACCAAAAGGAGUCACCCUAUUUCUACCGAUACUGCUUGUCCAUCUCCAGGAUAUUGCUCCAGAGAUGGUCAAUCGUCAAGGAAACAGACUCAGCAAAUAUCACCACUGUAUGCAAAUACUAGACUCGAUAGGUGAUCAGAAUAUCCCCGAAGAUCUGCUCCCCCUGGAACUAGAGGCUGCUUUCCGGAAGCUAAACAUUCUUCCAUCACAAGAUACCACAAUCCCGCUGGCCAUUCCUCAUCUCAUGCAAUACCACAACCAGUCAAGCCUUGAACGCGGACUCCCUCCGUAUCUUUCUCAUCUUGGUACUAUCACUUCCGCCGAGAUCAACCUUUUGACCGAGUUAUGUCAUCCCACAACCGACAUAGCUCCAUUCAUUGUAUCUCACGAGGAUGAAAGUGAAGUCGAUAUCGAUUUCUUAGAUCUCACUAAGUAG